ACCUCAGGUUGAUAACAAUCGGCUUCGGCAGUGACGAGGCUCAAAAGCUAAUCCUGCUGGUUCCAACUCAAAACAGCCAACACUUGAGGCCGCACUACAUAAAUGAUCCUAAAAUUCCUGUUCGGGCUGUUUGGAGGCUUGCUUCUGCUGAAGCUGUACUUUGGGCACAGCAGGAAAAAGUGCGUGAAUAAUGUGAGUUUGCUCGGGAAAACUGCCGUUGUUACCGGCUCGAAUACAGGAAUCGGUUUGAGGGCUGCUUUGGAGUUGGCAAAACGGGGCGCCCGAGUGCUUUUGGCCUGCAGGGAUCAGGAACGUGCUGAGCUGGCGAGAGCGGAAAUUGUAAAACUUACCGGAAAUGACAGUGUGAUUAUUAAGCUGGUGGAUUUUUCGUCGCUAGCUUCAGUGGAAAAAUGCGCCAAAGACAUCCAAGAGAAUGAGCCUAAAAUCGACAUCCUGGUUAACAACGCUGGAGUUGGAGGCCUGAUCGACAAGUACACUGAGGAUGGGUUGAACAUCUGCAUGCAAGUGAACUACUUUGGGCCCACGCUGUUCACCUUUUUGCUUUUGGAUCUGCUGAAAAAGUCCUCAAACAGCCGAAUAAUCAACGUGGCUUCGCUGCUGGCAAAAAUGGGCAAUUUCAGCGUAAAAACCAUCAACCAAUAUGCUGGCAGGUAUGGAACUUACGCCAACUCCAAGCUGUGUAACAUUUUUUUCACCGUCAAGCUGGCCAGAGAACUCAAAGAUGCCAGAAUCAGCGUCUUUUCCCUCCAUCCUGGAGCAGUGAAAACCGACAUAUUCCGAAGACUCAAAGGCUGGAGAAGAGCCCUUCUGGACCUUGUAGCGUACUUCACCUUUAAAAGUCCAGAAGAGGGAGCCCAAACCGUAAUCUAUCUUGCAACUGAACCAAACUUGGAAAAUCUGAGUGGACGCCACUUUGACGAUUGCGAAGCUGUUGCUGCAUACGCUUCAGCGGAAGAUCCGCAGCUGAUUGAGGAUGUUUGGAGCGAAACUUGCAAAUUGCUUAAAAUUGAUCCAAAAAAAUACAUUUAAUUUCAACUUUCGGCCCUAUAAAUUCUUUAAUUAAAUUUUCAUGCCCUCUUUGAGGAUUUUAAACAUAAACUGAAACAUAACUGAUGUUGCCAAAGUGUUUAGCGCUCGAGUGUUGUAAGUAUAAACACUAAUGUGUUGAUUAUUUGGGGCCAGAAAGUGAUUCUUAGUGCAUGGGACAGAACGAACCACAAGUAAAACUGAGAUUAUCAACAAAAUGUUAUCCAGCUAUAAAUUUAUGAAAAAACAUUGCUAAAACAAAUCAUAGAAGUUCGCAUUAAACAGGAAAUUUCAAUGAACGCCGCGAAAUUAAAACGUGUAAUUAAAGCGAAAUUGCGGCAUUAAUAAAUAAUAAACAGGGAAUAAGUUA